ACUCAACAAAUGUAAACAAACGGGAAAUAGAAAUUCAAGAAACAUGGAUUCGACAACGUUUAAUCCCGUAAUUCCAUACCUAGGAGCCUUACCGAAUCCAUUACGUCCAGGAAAUUUAAUCCGAAUUUUUGGCUCCGUACCUCAUUCUGCCACAUGUUUCUCAAUAAAUCUUCAAAACAGUGAUAAUACUUAUCAGAGAAGUGACAUAGCCCUUCAUUUAAGUCCAGUAUUUUCACCUCCUCCUAGAAUUGUGAGAAAUUCAUUAGAAAAUCAACAUUGGGGACCUGAAGAAAGUCAUGGAGUUCAAUUUCCACUUUCUUGUGAUCAAGGAUUUGAAAUUUUAAUUCUUGCUGAGACUGAUCAUUUUAAGAUUGCAAUAAAUGGACAGCAUUUUGCUGAAUUUCGGUACAGACUACCUCUAGAAAAGGUUUCAUAUCUAGCCAUUGAUGGUGAUGUCAUAGUUAAUUGUAUAAAAAUUGAAAGUUCAUCCCCUUCUCCAAUGAAUCAAGGAUCAGGUGAAGAAAUAGUAAAGCCCCUUGGAUUUGUUCUAAGUCCUGGAACUCAGAGUAAUAUCACGCCUCAAACUGGGAGACCAGCUUCUCCAUAUGAUAUGUCAUCUUUACCAUACCCAACAAAUCCAACAUUUGGGCCUACACCAGGCGGUUAUUCCCCUCAAUCUCCUGCAAGUGCUUACAAUCCUUACCCUCCAGCUUCCAACUUAGGGCCAACUUCACCCAGCAAUGCAUAUCCUACAGGCCGUGUUUCACCGUUUUCUCCAUCUAGUGGAACACCUUAUGGUCCAGUGCCUGGCUCAAAUGCAAACCCACAGGGAUAUCCACCUCAGUCGGGUGGUUUCCCCUCUCAAUCUGGUGGAUAUCCACACCAACCAAGUGGUUAUCCCUCUCAACCUAGUGGAUAUCCUCCUCAAUCAGGUGGUUAUCCUUCUCAGCCAGGUGGAUUCCCAUCUCAAUCAGGUGGUUAUCCUUCUCAGGCAGGUGGAUACCCACCUCAGUCAGGUGGUUACCCUUCACAACAUGGUGGAUAUCCUUCUCAGGGAAUGCAUCCAUCCCAAAGUACUUAUCCAGGACAACCUGGACCUUAUCCAGGAACACAUGUUGUUUAUCCUGACCAAGAGAAAAACAAAAGUGGUAGUGGCAUGAAUUUGGGUCCUUUAGCCGCAGCUGGAGCAGCUGCUUUGGCUGGUGUUGCCGGUUCUACUUUAAUGGGAGGAAAGCACCACAAAAAGAAUAAACAUGGGCAUGGUAUGCCUGGAAUGGGGGCUGGACCUGGAGCCUUAUUAGGAGGCGUUUCUUCACUUUUGGGUGGAAACAAGCAUGGUCAUUCUGGUAGUAGUGCAAUGCCUAUUGGAGGAGCUAUGGCAGGUGGAGCAGCAGCUUUGGCUGGAGCUUACAUGUUAAGCAAGAGUCCUGUUGGGAAAAUGAUGAAGCCCAAAAAGAUGAAGAAACUGUACAAGCACAAGCAUAAGGGUGGAUGGGGUGGUCGUAGUAGCAGUAGUAGCAGUAGUUCCAGUGAUUAAAAUAGUCUCUUUCUCAUUUGAUAUGCCAUAUAUGAAACCACUUAUUACCAUUUUCUGAUCAGACUUUUUUUUUUCCAGUGUGAUUUCAUGUGUUUUUUUACUUGUGAAACAUUACUUCAAAUUUAUUAUGUACAAUAUUUUUAAAUCUACUUAAAAAUUUUUUUUAAAUAAAAAUGUUUCAAAAUUAAUUUGAUUAAAAAAAGUUGCUUUAUAAUAAUUUUUGCUUUAAAAAACCUAUACUUUUAAAAACGUUGAGUUAGUUGCCAGAAUUCAAACUGUGAUUUUAGCUAAGAUGCAUUUUGUUGAGUUAAGAAUUAAAAAGUUUUGUAAUUAAUUUUGUUAAACGCUCCAAAACGAAACUUUUUGUAUGAAAAAUAAUUCAAGUGUUAUUAAUAUUGUUUUCAGAAAUUUCCUGCUUAAAAGAAUAUUAUUAUUUUGAAAAAUAUAUAGUACGUCUUUCAGAACAAAGUUUCUAGUUUUAUUUGUUUAUUUUUCUCUGUUCAUAAACUUUUGUCUGAGCCGCUUUUUGCAUAAUUACUCGGAUAGUUAUGAAGACAUAAAUUUUAUAUAAAAUUUUUAAUGAGUUAAGUAUUAUUUUAAAUAAGGUACUAUCAUAGCAGUUUCUGAAUUUGAAGUUUUGGGAUAGAUAUUGAUAAAAUAGGCAUUCAAGAAUUGGCAUUCAAAUUGCAUUAAAGUGUCUUAUUAUGCAUUUGUAACAUAGAUAAUAUAGAUGCUUUUUAUACGUCAGUAUUUGACAAAAAUGAACUUUAUAUGCUGGUGCUAAAGCGUGUAAAACAUUGUUAAAUAAAUAUUAAAUAUAGUUAAUUAUAUUUAUGUAAUAAAAUAUGUAUUAUAAAAUAUUGUUAAAGCUGUUUUACAAUUUAAAGUUUAUUGCUGAUUUUAUGUGAAUUGAAGUUAUUCAGUUUUGAGUAAUAAAAUUAUCCUUCCA